UCUGCUCUUCAACAAAAAUGAAUCCAGACCGCAGUUGGAUGUAUACGAGGCAUGACAGAGGCUUCCUGCCGCCAGAUUUUUUCCCUAAUCUUGAAGAGUUCGUGAAUUUUGCUGUACAACAACCCGAGUGUAUGAGUGGGGAAGAGAUAAAAUGCCCAUGUUCUAGGACAAAAUGUAGAAAUACGAAUUUUCGAGAUGUCGAAGUUCUGAAACUACAUGUCUUGCAAUCUGGGUUUGUUCCAGAUUACUAUGUCAGGAUUCACCACGGUGAGGUGAAUGUCCCUCCUGUAGUUCAGCAGCCGGCUAAUGAAUACGAUUACUAUAAUGAGGGAGGGGGAGAUUUAAACUCUGGUCAGAGAAUGGUUAUUGAUGCUGCUGGUCCCGAAGUUUUUGUGGAAGAGACCCCGAAUGACGAAGCUCAGAAGUUUUUUGAUAUGAUGAGUGCGGCAGAAGAUGAAAUAUGGCCGGGAAAUAGCAGACACUCACCCCUGUCCGCAUCUGUUGAAAUUUUGGAUAUUAAGUGUCGACAUCAGGGGUCGAUAUCGUUGAUUGAUGACACCUGCCGUUUAUUACAAGAACUGCUUCCAGAGAACAACAAAAUGCCGAAAAAUUAUGUAUAUGAGAGGUUCGGGUUCUUCUUCUGCCGGCCGAGGCCGGGGAAGGGAUACUGGUCAGGGACGUGGACGUGGAUGCGGCCGUGGCGACCCAGAGCAGGAUCCACUUGA